GGCUAUCACUGAUCCUAGAGAGAAGAUCCGCGGCCAUGGGGGGGAUAGCUAAGGCGAAAUCUGGCAACCCCUGGACCCAGCUCACAACAUCUCAGGCCACACAGACGCCCCGGAUCCGCGAUAUGGUGCGGUGCUCCUGCACCCUGCGCUCCGGCGACGGCGCUUUGCGGGGCCAGUAGGCUAAUGCUGCGGUCACCGGGCAAGUCUGGCGAGCAGAGGCAGCCGGCUUCGCCCUUUCAGUGCACUUUGUCUGGAGCGCAAGAAGAAAUAAACCCAGGCCAGGGGAGCUUAUAGCUAGUCGGCGGAAAGGAGGGAGCAGGAGGAGGGGGGACAGUUAGGAGCCUCGGAAAACAUGGCAGCAUCCCUUAUCCGAGCCUGCCGCAGUCUGGCUCUGUCAACAUGGCUGCUCUCCUUCUGCUUCGUGCACCUGCUGUGUUUGGACUUCACCGUGGCGGAGAAAGAGGAGUGGUACACCGCCUUCGUCAACAUCACCUACCGGGACCCGCUGAGCUCGGAGACCGUGACGGAGAAGACCGAGUGCGGCCGCUACGGCGAGCACUCCCCGAAGAGGGACGCCAGGGGGGUGGUGGCGAUGCCCUCCUCCACCCACGACCGACAAACCUGCGACCCUGCCACUCGCUUCGCCCUCCCACCAGACGGAGGGCCCUGGGUCGCUUUGAUCGCCAGGGGCAAUUGCACUUACAAGGAAAAGAUCCGGAAUGCCGCCAGCCGCAACGCAUCGGCGGUGGUCAUUUAUAACGUGGGGUCCGGCAAUGCCAACGAAACGAUCACCAUGCCGCAUCAAGGUACUGGGGACAUUGUGGCCAUCAUGAUUCCGGAGCCCAAAGGGCGCGAGAUCGCCGCCCUGCUGGAGAGGAACGUGACGGUGACCAUGCACAUCACCAUCGGCACGCGGAACCUGCAGAAGUACGUGAGCCGCACCUCCGUGGUCUUCGUCUCCAUCUCCUUCAUCGUCCUCAUGAUCAUCUCGCUGGCCUGGCUCGUCUUCUACUACAUCCAGAGGUUCCGCUACGCCAACGCCCGUGACCGCAACCAGAGGCGCCUCGGGGACGCGGCUAAGAAGGCGAUCAGCAAGCUGCAGGUGCGAACCAUCAGGAAGGGAGACAAGGAGAUGGAGUCAGACUUUGACAACUGUGCUGUCUGCAUUGAGGGCUACAAGCAGAACGAUGUGGUUAGAAUCCUCCCAUGCAGGCAUGUCUUCCACAAGAACUGCGUUGACCCUUGGCUGCAGGACCACCGGACUUGUCCCAUGUGCAAGAUGAACAUCCUAAAGGCUCUGGGCAUCCCUCCCAACGCCGACUGCUCUGACGACGUCCCGCCAGACUACGAGGUCUCAGUGGGCGGCCCGCCCACCAAUCAGUUGUCGGGUGCCAGUGACCUCACGGCAAACGAGAGUUCGGUGGUGCUGGACCCUGGGGCAGGGACAGUUAGCCUUCCUCAAGUCCUCCCAGACGUAGAUCCCCUUGCUCAGGCUGGAGAGAGCCGCCACAUUGCCAGCAGUGAGCACCAGCCCCCCAUGAGUAGUGACUCGGACACCUCCCUCAUCAUGGCUGUGGAGGCGGGGCUCUCUGACAUGGAGCUGUCUUCUGAACAGGAGCGGGAGGAGGUCAAGUCCUGAGCAGAGCCAAUCAGCAGUGUAUUGGGGGGUGGGCGGGGCUUACAGGAUGACCUGAACUCCUCUUAUAGGUGUUCUGGACCACAGUGAAUCAGAUAAGCAAUAGAAACACAGCGAUAUUAUCUCUCUCUGUCUUUCCAUCUUUCUGUCUCUCUCUCUCUCUCUCUUGCUUCUAUUCUGAAUUUGCACAUCAUCAGCUGGGUUCGUCUCACCUGAUGCUCUUUUUUUUAAGAUCUUUACAGCUGGCUUGAAAACAGGGCGGGAAAAAUCCCAGAUUUUCUUUUUAUUAUUGUGUUCCAAGGACGACAUCGUCGUCGAGCUCUGGACGUUGCCAUUUUGACACAUUUUCUCUCGACUGUGGAAAUCUCACGUUGAUUUCUUUUUACGAGAUCACUGCCAAACUAUUCCAGGAAGAGACACAACUUUCGCAUAUAUAUAGAUAUAUAUAUUGCAUACAGCACUUGCUUGCAGUUACUGUAUCCUGGAUUUGCUGGUGGCCAUUGGCCUGUUCUGACGGGCAGUGAAUUGUUCUGUGAUCACACUGUAAACAUCUUUCUGCAACCAUCUAUUUUUUCCUAGAUGGUAUAAUAAUUUAGGUCCUUUUUAGUUUGAGAAUUUUUUUUUUGUCUUCAAUCUGUAGACCAGUUUGUCAUUUUCUUGCAGGUGCUCGUAAUCCCCUCCCCCAAACCUUCCCCUUAUGCGUUGGAGUCGUAUGAGUUUCUGUCCUACUCAGGCAUUAUACGGUGGUUUCACUGCAGAAAACGGGUCAACGAACUAUACAGCUUGUCGACUUAACACUGCAGCGGACUAUGCAGAUGCCGUCCCGGUACAGCAUUGGCCCGGCCUACUGUACCAAACCGAGUUCUGCUCGUGCUCCAAGCUGCCCAGUAGUUCCGCUUUGGCGUUUUCCUCGCACGCGCGCUUCCGGUCUGAACACAAACGCGGGCGGAACGCGCGCCAGAUCACGAGACGCACAAAUGGACCGUUACCACGGGAACAGGCAACUGGAGGGGACAGCCUGCGUGCACUUAGGAAAGUAAAAUAAGCCGUUCUGCUAAUUAAUUAGUAUUAGUUAUUUACAGUUUUAACUACAUUUCCUUGGCAUCGCUGAGCUCGGAUUUCAUUAUUAUUUUUAAGGCUUGAAGGUGUGUGAUCACGAACGGAGGAAAGCUGAAAUCUGACAGAUGACCUUUAUUUUAGUAUCGAAAGUUUUAUUUUUGUAGUUGGGGAUUGAAGAAAAAAGAAAUCCAUGUUUACAUAGUCUCCGAAUGUUGUGGAUCGAGGAGUCUUUUUACUGUAUUACACGCUUUAAAGAGGUUUUAACGCCAUCCUGCCCCUUAUUACGCGCUUUAAUGUGGUGUUAACGCCCCCAUAAAUCCCCGGUCGCCGCCGUCUCUGUGUCAUGCAACCAAAGAGGCAGAUCACGCUUCGAGAGGCGAUGGGAUCUUCUCCCCAGCAGGACACUCUGUCCCCUGCGGGAUGCAAACUGUAUCCAUUCUGCCACUUGAGCUUAUUAAAAUCGGCAGGAUCGCGCCUUACUGGGGGCGGAUCCCCAUGCUGUGUUACUAAAAUCGAAAAAAAAAACAAACAGAUUAUACCAAGUCGUCCACCCUAUCCCUCUUUGCGUUAAUCAAAUUACUUUGCUACUUUGGUGCCUGCUUUUAUAACCAGAGCAUUUUACAUAAAUGUCCUUUAAUUUAUCUUAAAAACCUGAGAGCAGACCACGUAUCUUCUUGAAAUCUUGUUUUAAGGUGUUUGCAUACUGCUGUGCAAAUGAACAAGAUGAAGACUCAAGAUACCAGAUUUUUUUCUGGUUCUGAACUGUUGAUUGUAAGGGUGGGGUCUUUCCAUAUUUUGCAGUAGCUGGACAGGGACAGAUGAGGUGGUAAGCUGGCAAGUGAAGGGACCGUGAUCACUAUGGCAGAUGUCAUUCCUCUGCUUGUUCCUAGGUGGUGCUCUCGUGCACCAGUUUCCAUUGUAAUACAUGAUAGAAUUACAUGGUGUGCACAGUGUCAGUCACCUAUUUGGAAGCUUUUCAGAGAUUUUUGCCAAUGUUUUCAAAUUGGGGGGGGGGGGUCUGAGUUCACUGAUCUAAAUGGUCCUAAUUUAAAGUUAGGUCCCCUGCCCCAUCACCACACGUGGGUGACCCACCAGCCUGGCACACACACAAGGCCACAGGUCAGCAUGUCCACUGGGACGAGUUGAGAAUCCCAGCUAGUCUGGGCAGACAGAAGCACAUUUGUCACGGCAGCAGAAGAUUGCUGGAGCUUUUGAUCCCGUUUUUACUGGUCGUGGGCGUUUCGUGUCACACUUCUCUGGGAGGAAUUUAAUCCUUUAAGGCUUUAAUCCCAAACCGAUUCAGUGCGAAUAUGCCUCACUGCAGCGGGCUUGACUUGUGGGAGGUUUAAUCGCUCGUAGCCUUGCUUUGCGAAAACGUGGUCUGAUGCUUGCCCAGCUACCGCGCCCCUAGAAUGACAAGAUUUUCUAUUGGCCCCAGGUUAAUUGAAAAGUGUGUUUCUGACCCUGGCCUGAGAAUAUCAAGCACAGUUUCCAGUUAUUCCGAUCAAUACACCCCUCCACCCCCCCAGGCUAAACAAAAAAGCCCCAUGUUGGUAUUCAUUUCUUUUGCUGUGUCGUCUUAUAUUUCUGUCGCUUUUUCAGUCCAGUCAAGCCAUGCGUGUCACAUAUGUCUACAGAAUCGGUGACCGCUCUUUUCCAUGUGCUCUCUUGCCUGGCUCAAGUGCCUUUUGUUUUGUUUUCCAUUCUUCCUAGCAACUGUGGGAAUUGCCCAUGAUGCCAUGUCUCCCCGAUGGCUCCAUACUGGUGUCUUUCAUUAAUCCUGCCUUCGUCAUGCCGCAACACGUAAACGAGGCCGCCCACUCCUCAGAUGGCUCUCGGUCUUGAGAGAGCCCGAUUUCCAGUCUAAUUGGCUGGUGUCCCCUACAUCUUAGUGACUUUUAUUCACUCUGCAGGAUGUCGAUUAAAGUUGUGACGCGGGUGUGUCAAACCAUUGAGAGAUUUUUCUUUGUAGCGCACAUGUAUCACAGCUUAUUUGUAGGGGAAAUAAUACAGCAUUUCAGUAUUUUUUUUUUUUUUUACAUAACGAAACUUCCCAGAAAACGACCCCCGUCUGGAUUUUCGUAGCACAGCCGUUAUCGACAGGAGGGCCUUUGUUUGCAUUCCCAUGGCAACUGCGGUAUCCCAUGGCAACGGCCAGGUCGGCCUUCGCAUCCUAUACUAUCAUCACGGUUUAUUAGUAUAUACCAUUUAUUUCCAGUGCAAAGGGAAUGCAGACUGUCCAGAUUUCUAGUUUUGUAAAUCGUUAGAAUGGCACAGUUAUAGGGAAUGUGGCAGAAAAUAUAUACAUAUUUUUUCACCCGUUUAAAGAAGCACAUUGCAUUUGAGGCAAAUGUGGAUUGUAAUUUUCCCUCCGUUUUUAGGCACAAGAUUAUUCAUGCCCCUGCUACACACCCCCUGCCCCCAUCAGCCCCCAAAACAAGAUUUUUUUUGUAUUCAUUUCCAUUUAAACAGGUUGUACACAUCUUCCUUUAAUGCACUUUAGAAAUGAGGUGAAAGGCCAGAAAGGCUUUCCGAUCGUUCCCAUGGCGUACAGGCGGAAGGCGAGAAGGCAGGAAGCGCCGUGUUAGUCUGACUGAAGGUCGCGACCCUCUGCCUGGCAGGUGCAGGCCGUGGGGAAAGUUGUUACUACAAGGUGGAGUUCACUAUCCAGCAGAGUUACACAGUAUUGCUAUUUUGUUACAUAGAUGAAUAUGUAAAUAUGUGCAGCCGUGUUGAUAUACUGUUCUAGUCAGAUGUUGCACGUGUCAAUGAUUGUGAGAUACAAUAAAUUUUAUUGCAUUUUUUUCCAAA